CCAGCCUCUCUUAACCCUGCUCAGUCCAUGCUGGGGGCGCCCGGCCUGCCUAGGCUGUUACCGGGCACCUCCCACCUGACCAUUUGUUCCCUUCCUGCAGGACUGGAGCCUCUACACUGACCCCAAGGAGCUGUUUGAGGUGCUGAGCUGGCUAGAAGGAUGCGUGGCCAAGAGACAGGGCACCCAGCGUGGCUGGUUCACCUACACGGACCUGUGCGUCCUGCUGGAGCAGUCCCUCUGGCAGCAUGCCCUGGGCCAGUUCUACCAGCAGGUGGCGAAGCUAGCCUGCUUGCUGGGCGUGAUGUACUUGACUGGCAUUGCUGCCGUCUUCGCCUCUGUCGCUGUGGUGCACCAGGUCGUGUGUGUGAGGAGCGCCGGCCCCGCUGCCCUCCGGCCUCUGCUGUUCCCCAUGGAUGGUGGGCGCCCGCUGGGCUCUGGGGCACCCCUCGCCCCCUGUGUCACUCAGCUGCCAGAUCCUGGGCUGGGGCUCCCUGGCCCCCCUUCCCCCUCCUGCUCCGAUAGCAGCUCCUGUUGCCUGGUGGAGAACGAGACGGUGGAGGAGCAGCGCCGCCCUGGUGGUGGGGUGAGGGCGACGGCACUGUACCUGUGGGGCAGCGUGCUGACGGCGCUGUCCUACACGGAGGCCCCAGGCUCUGCCAUCCAGACUAGUCCCCGGCAAGAGCCCCCCCUCUGCCCAAACUGCCUGAAACUCCGCAGCGGGCGCAGCACCUGUGAGAGAUCCAACCGCACGAGCCCCAGCAGCCCCUUCACCCAGCCUGCCCCCUUUGGACUCGGCCUGGGCCCCGCUCGCCCGGCGCUCUGCUGCAGUGGCUGCUCGCCCGGCCCCAGCUGGGGCUGGCAUCCGUCCGCAGCCCUCGGCCCCCAGGACUGGCCCGACCCCCUGGCGCUGAAGCAGUGCUCCUUGGAGGCAGCCAUGGAUCUGGGCAGAAUCAAGAGCUUCAUCUUCCCCAGCUAGGGCUGCACAGUGACCCCAUGGCCCAGCUCGGCCCCUAGGGAGGCCCUGGCCUGUGGGGCUGGGAGGGCCAGGCCGCCACGUUAGUUCCAAGCCAGCGUUUGGACCCCGUGGGUCGGGCUUCUCUUUGCCAGACUCUUCAGGCUUUACUGGGCGGGGGCAGCUGUGGGCAGGGUCUGGCUGAGUGCAGGGGUGGUGGGGCUGCCUGGGGCUGGCAUGGGGGCUUGGCGGCUGUGGGGUGCAGCGGCUCUGCUGGGGGAUUAGGGUGCCCCAAAGCAGGGGUGCCAGUCUGGGGAGGGCACUGCUCACCCGUGCCCCAUUGGUGCCUCCCAGUGAAGCUGGGAUCUCGACCCCCUGCUGCAUUGGGCAGCGUGGAGGGUGGGGGGAGCAGGGCUGGCACAUGAGGCUCUGGGCCCUUGGGCUGCACGGUGGAGGGGCCGGGUGUGUGUGGUGUGGGGGGGAGGGGCGGCAGGGCACUCUGUGACGGGGCUGUAAGCUCCAGAGGGGAGUUAGGGGCCUGACUGCCUGGAGUGGAUCUGCCGGGCGUGGGGAGAAGGGGCUGGUUCUGCUGCCCAGCCUCACCCGCCGUGCCAGCUCUCGCCCCGCCCAGCACCAGCUCUUUUUACGCUGGAUUUUAAAUCCGUUUUUCACUCUUUUGUAGAUGAAAAUCUCUUCCAAUAAAGGUAGCUCUGGCUGUG